CCGAGGACAUGCGCGCUGAACAGGGGGAGGAGGUGUAUUACAGACUCUCUGAUCAUGAUGUUUUGGGUUGACUCAAUUACGGUGCGGAACUCUCAUUUUCUGAUCGUCUUUUUUUAUAGAAUAGAGAAAAAGUGAGGAGUCGCGGUUUUUUUUUGCCACCUAAAUUUAAAAACAUGAAAACAAUUUGAGACUCUUGUUCAGGAGCGUUGAGUUUUUCAGACUGUUAGUGUUAUUAGAUUUUUUAAAUAAUCGGUCGCUGACGCCGCCACCCUGAAGUUCAUUGUUAUCAUCUUGGCCGCCGGGAUGGUGGCCUUCAUCGGAGCGGUCAUCUGCAUCAUCGCAGCCGUUCACACCGGGUCCUCCAGGGCUGCCUUGGCAGAACAGCCACCAGCAACUGGCAACCACUCGCUGUAUCCGGGCGCGGAUACUGCGGCGGGCUCCGUGGCCCGGGCCGGAUCUUUGGGCGCUCUCCAUGGUUCUGAAACACCCGAUUCAGAAGCACCGACCUUCAACAUGGGGCUCAGCGGGCUGGACGGUGUCACCGGACUCACCGGGCAUGACCCAACAGUCAGUCGACUCAUCUGCACGCCGAUCCCAGCCGGGGAAUGCAACACGAAAAACUUUCAGCAACAAGCAGAAGACCCGUCGCUGUACGCGGGGGAAGACUGGGGCUACCUCCGCACCACCGCGGAGGAGCUCCGGCAGACCGUCCUGCAACAAAAGGACCAGAUACUGACAGACCAGCGGACCAUCAGGGACCUCACGGGGAAACUAACCGAGUGUGAGAAGGGGCUGGACGGCGGCAGCAGCAGCGCGGACAGACGCGGGAGCGCUGCGGGGUUGUGGGGGGGCAAAGACUCGGCUGAAGAGACGCACCUAGAGCGGAUCAUGGUGCGGGACAGUCCGGACUCGACGCCUGAGAAUGUCCACUUGCUCACCGUUAGGGCUGUGGAUGAACUGGAGCAGGCUAUCACUCAGCUCAAAGACCGCAUAGAGAAACUGGAGUCAGACAUUGGCCCAUUUCCUCACAACCAAACGGACAGCAACACAUCUGGAGCGCCAGAGGAAGGCGGGAUGUCAGGUGGUCCGGAAAGGUUGACCAAUCCCGGACACAAAGUUGGUGAUGACAAGCCCUGGAGGAUGGAAGACUUUGCGGGGGAGCUGGAGAGGAAGGUGGAGCUGCUGGAGAAAGAGAGAAAAACCCUGAGGCUGGAAACAGAGAAGCACAGGCAAGGAAUUGACCAUGGCAUCAACAAAAUACACCAUCGAAUCUCCGAACUGGAGGAAGGUGUCUCAGGGCAUUCCUUCCCAGAGGGCUACCGGUUGUCUUUCCCAACUCGGACAAACUACAUGUACGCUGUUUUGAAACCCUCCAUCCCAGCGCUGCGGGCCUUCACCGCCUGCCUGUGGCUGCGGCCCGCAGAGGGAGGAAUCGGGACACCUCUGUCUUACGCUGUUCCAGAGCAACCCAACGAACUGGUGCUGCUGCAAGGCCUGCAUACCCCCACUGAGCUGCUCAUCAAUGACAAGGUGGCGCAGUUGCCUCUAAACCUCUCCCGAGGCAGCUGGCAGCACAUCUGUGUGAGCUGGAGCCAGAAGGGAGGAGCUUGGCAGGCCUACCAGGGGGGAAAGCUGAGGGGCGAGGGUCAUGCACUGGCAGCCGGACAUCACAUCAGACCUGGAGGAGUGCUCAUACUGGGCCAGGAGCAGGAUUCCCUGGGUGGAGGUUUUGACUCAUCCCAGGCCCUGGUUGGAGAACUGUCCCAGGUGGGUCUUUGGGACCGAGUCCUGUCUUCCAACCAGGUCGCCAGCUUGGCCCGCUGUGGCAGAGUAAGCCAGGGAAGUGUAGCCCCCUGGACCGAGAACGGAGUUGAGGUUCACGGAGGAGCAACCAAGGACCCGGGGGAGCCUUGUAGUAAACACAACAGGAAUUCUUGAUAACCGACUGGGGGAAGGGGAAGUAAAAGGAAGCAGGGCAAAGGGAGGGGUAAAAUUCUAGCCCUUUCAAGAAGGUAGGAUUCUGCCGUUAAUUUACACCGCUACAGGGUUUUCUAAACAACUCUAUAUGACAUGGACUGACAAGUACAUACAAAAACUGGAAAAUGAACGGUAAUGUUAUAUAUCUAUAUGAGAUGAGUCAAGGCUUUGCCAUUACUUCACCACUCUUCUAGCAACCACAGACGAUGCCAUCAUGGAGGUCCACUGGAAAAUUGUGCAAUACAAGAUGAAAUUCCCCAUAACUAUAGCUGUAAUACAGGCUCACAUACUUAAAAGUAAACUUGAUUCCGGCCAAAUUAAACUGUAAUUGGUCCUCUGUGCUUUGUUAGCAAACCAGCUAGCAGUCAAACUAGUGAAAGCUAGUUAAAAUGUGAAUAAUAGCAAACAAUUGAACCUCCCGCUAGGUAAAUAGUGGGCAAUGUGUUAAAGCAAUACCACUCUCAUGUC